AUGGCCCAAGCGGACGGAAUGCUGGAGUCAGUCUCGUACAACGAUAUAGGUGACCAGCUCAUGCAUCGAGACGAUGCGGCUUGGAUUGUGAUCACAAGAUACGCGGUAGGCUCAGCCGUACAGCCUUCUCUUUGUCGGUUGUCGGAUCUAUCUGGACCUGGGCGCAUUAUCAUUCUCUGCAACAUCGGGUUUGCCCUUGGCGUCGCGGUUCUAGUGUGUUUGGAUAGCUUCUGGACGUUCGUGGCUGUACGUGCAUACAUUGGCGUGCCUGGUGCUGGCAUGGCGUUCUUGGUCGACGUUGUCCUCAAUGACUCCGCGAUUGUGGCAACCAAUGACCGACCUUGGUGGGCUGCGGUCGAAGCCGGCCUAUACCUCAUUGCUCAGCUGCUGGGAGGCUUGGGCGGUGGUGCAAUUUUCGAUCAUUAUGGACGAAGAUGGGCUUUCGGAUCGGAAAUGAUUGUAGUUGUGCCGGCUAUCUUUCUCUGCUCUCUGUAUCUCAGCGUACCCAAACUGACUUCACAGCGUGGCGCUAUCGACCAUGACACCGAGACCAACCCGCAGAAGGACACAAAAUCCCUCUCAUGGACUCACUGGCGACAGCUGUUUUCCACAAUCACCAGCCACUUCGACAUCCUUGGCGCAGUCAUUUGGACACUGUCUGUCGCAAUGAUCUUCUUUGCCCUACAGAUACACGCACAUCUCCAAGUUGGUCAAUGGCAAUCUGUGGUCGAACUCACGCUUCUGACCCUUGGGAGCUUCCUCGGAUUGGUCUUCAUUUACGCUGAGAUCAGACUUGACAAUCCUGCGAAGUCCGAAUCACGAGCAAGAAGACCGCUCGUACCUAUCUUCAUUCUGAUCCCCAUGUACCUCACUACGGCACGACCGACGAGCAGUUUGAAUGUGGCACUGCUGCUGUGGGUGUCAUCUACCGGAUCGGUGCUGGCAGCACUGGCAGUCCAGGGACUCAUCGAUUGGGGCCAUCUCAAACAAAAGUCCUCCACCCAUGCGUUCCUUGCAGGAUCCGGCUUUGCCUCCGUUCUGUCAAUAUUCUGGUUGAAAUACUCCUUCGAUGGCCAUGAGAACCAAGCGGAGCGAUACGGUAUUCCAUUAGUGUCUGCAACGGCCAUAGCCACUUUCGAAACGCUCUUGAAGCAGGGUUUCCUCAAGGGCACUCCAGGUAUGAGCUUGCAAGCCACACCGAAACAUGCUCAUAUUUCUCCGUCAGAUGCGGCAGCCAUGUACGCGGGUUACAGUAUGCUUGGACAUCUUGGCGGACUGAUAGCCACCGCCAUCGCUUCAAGUAAAUUCAAGCGAAGCCUCGGCGUAAACCUCAGAAGAAAUCUCGAAGGCUUUGAUGGCGACAAAGAUGAGGUGCGAACCAAUGUCUACCAAAGUCCGCUCGACCUAAUGUCCUGUGCGUCUUCAGCUCGUCAACGAAUGCCGCAAAAGCCUGGCGACGUGCUUGCGAGCUUCGUCAGCAGCACCGUUGAAGCCGGAGGUGAGCUUACCGUCCCUAAGCACGUCACGGUCAGCCUGACAAGCAGAGGAGGCAUCGCUCUUGUGACUGCCACCCUGGCGCUGGUGUGCUCUUUCUUCACACGGGCAUUCCAGUCCACUGAGCCCGACCACGCGUAA